AUGGAGUCAGACCCCACUUUGGAUGUUGUGAAUGUCUAUGAAAAACGACAGAAUGUGUCUCAAAUGUCAACAAUUCCACAAAGAGUUCCCAGUUUUUUUUCCACUCAAACAAUGUCUGAGGAAGAGUAUGAAGUGCGGAAAAAACAGUUUCAGAAUAGAUUUAGAGAAGUUGGUGGCGGUGGUGGUUGUGGUGGCGGUGAUGAUAGCGUCGUUGCUGAACAAGUCAAGAAAGACUUAAUAAAUGUUGAAGGAUUGGAUACAGAAUACCAAAAAAAACAUAAUGGAAGUGCAAAUACUUUACAAAGCCGUCGCUCCGUUUUCUUGAAGAAAUAUUCAUGGCCUUUUGGAAAAGGUUUCAACAACGAAAAAGGACCAUUUUUGCACCGGGACCAUGAACGUGAGGUCUUCACAAAGGAGCACGAGGAAAUUAGCAAGGAAAAGUCUCAAGAAAGUAAAUUUUUGUAUACACUGGAUGGGUUACCAAAGAACAACACCAUAGCCGUAUUUGAUAAGAAAAACUUGCAAGGUAGCUUUUUGGGCCUGCAACAGCAACAACAGCUGCUGAUGCUGUUGCGGAUUCUGCGCCCACUUACUGGUAAUCCUGGUCUUGAAAACAUUGGAUUUCAGGUGAACUUGAACCAAAACAACUACAAUCACAAUUACAAUCACAAUCACAAUCACAAUUACAAUCACAAUCACAAUCACAAUAACAAUAACAGUUCCAAUUACAAGUACAUUACUGCUCCAAAAUAUGGUACGGUUUUUGGAAAAAGUAAACAACUGCAUUUACAGCAAAUGAGCCUUCCUCAUCUCCAGCAACAACGAAUUACUAAUGACAUUUACAGAAGAUGUGUUGUAUUGUCAAAUAUCAAUGAAACAAUGAGUAUAUCCGCAAUCUUGCAGCAAGUCUGUGGCGGACCUUUGGAAAAGAUUGUGAGAUUACCGGAAAACAAAAUUGAACUUCACUUUAUCUUUCCAUUGCAAGCAAAACUGUUUUACAAUUUUGGAAGAAAAAACACUUUGUUCAAAGUCAAUGGAAUCAAUUUGAAUGUUGCAUGGUCAGAUGGUGAGUUUUGUGGCGAUGCGGAAACUGGAGUAGAAGAAAGACUAGUGCGUGGAGUAGUUGGAGUAGAAAGUCAAAGACUCGACUGUGGUGAAGAAGCCAUACAUGGUUUGGAAUGCAGUCUUUAUCAAUCAACUCAAAAUGGUCUGAAACCUGAACUCAGUCCUUCUUCUGCAGCAGCGAACAUGGCACUUGCCCACUUUACAUUGCCCAAGUGGCUUUCUCAUGAAAUUGUCAUGAAUGGGUGUCGACGUUGUCUAAUAAUCUCACAAGUGGUGGCUGGAAAAAAACUUAGAACAAGCGAUAAGAUGUUCUACCCUGAACCUGAAGUCCAUUAUUCGCAAGAUCUCCACAUCUAUAAUUUGAGACGAGACUUUAAACAGUUUGGUGAGAUUGUCGAUAUUGGUAGUGUGAUUUCAAGAAAAUUGAGUUUCAGCGUGUUUUACUGGGACAUUAGAAGCGCAAUAAAGGCAAAAACAGAGUUUGAAAGAACGGGAAGCUCUUUGAACUUAAAGUAUAAGGACUGGAAUAUCUGGUACGGUAAAGACAUAACUGAUCGUGCCUGUUUUGUUUUGUAA